AUGGCGGACCAGCUUACAUCCGGCGGUUCGAAGGACCCAGCGAGCUUUCUGUCAUCCAUCAUCGGCGUUCCUGUCACUGUCAAGCUCAACUCAGGUGUCGUAUACAAAGGCGAGCUUCAAUCGGUCGACGGAUACAUGAACAUUGCGCUCGAGAAGUGCCAGGAGUUCGUCCACGGAAAGUUGAGGAGAACAUAUGGAGACGCUUUUGUUCGAGGGAACAACGUACUGUACAUAUCCAGCGAAUAG